AUGAAACUAAAGGCGCAAUUCCCGGAAAUCGCAUCCAAGUCUCAAGAACAAAAUCCGGAUAUCGGUCGCAUGUUUCCCUCGUUUUCCAAGCUCCCAGAUGAACUCCGCCUUCAAAUAUACGAGUUCAUCGCAUCAACCCCUCGCGUCCUUACCGUCAAGAACCGACGCGUCAACCUCUUCAUCCCCGCCAUCCUUCAAGUCUCCUCCGAAGCUCGCGCCGCAGCACUCAAAUGCUACACCUUCGUCCCAGGUUCGCCAAGCCACCUCGAGCAUCCUGUCUACAUCAACUUCACCCACGACAUCCUCUUCUUCCCUACCGAGUCUCAGCUCUCCGAUAUAUCUUCUCCCGUCGGCAAAGCUCACCACGAUAUCCAAGCCAACAUCCAGAAUAUCAUGAUCGGACGCAUUGACCGUGCCAAUCUUGACGGCACUCUCGAGGAGACCUAUCCAUAUCAUAUGAGGACCUGGAGACGUCUUCAGAGCUUCAAGAGCCUCAAGACAAUCAAGCUCAUCAAGGAAGAUGUCCAGGACUCUGUUGCAAAGGUUUCCGCCAAGUACGAGCUCGCGAGAGCCCGCAGAUUUGUGGUUGGUGGGAGCACCACUGCUAGGGCUCUGGGCUUCGAGUUCUCCACUCAGAAUACAAUGGCGGCUAUGGCUACGGAAAGCUUUAAAGUAAACGACCGAAGAAAGGAGUCAAACAUCGUACGUGGUGCUUCGGAGGUUUUGGCAAUAUCGGAGAUUGGUGUUUCGAAGGAUGUAUCUCCCUUCUUCGGGGUUGCCGGCUCUACUGAAUGA